GUGACUCAGGACAACAAAAAUUCUUUCAAGUUUGUGAAGUUGGAAAUACUUGUUUUUGUUAUCAAAAUACUUAAACAAUUGUAUUACAGUAAUUAUUUACCUUGUAUAUAAUAUAAUAUACUAAUAUAAUAUAAUAUAUUGUCUCCGUCUAUAUCUGCUGAAUAUUUGUAGAAAUUAGUGCACGACGCAUAGUAUUUGUAAUAGAUUGGGUUUGAAGUGAAAAAUGCCAGGAAUAGCAACAAUGUCUUUGGACAAUAUGUUCUGCACCCGUUGUGGUGACGGGUUUGAGCCCAAUGAGAAAAUUGUCAACUCCAACGGGGAGCUGUGGCAUACCAACUGCUUUGUGUGCGCUCAAUGCUUCCGAGUGUUUCCGGAGGGGAUAUUUUACGAGUUUGAAGGGCGCAAGUACUGCGAACGUGACUUUCAAGUUCUGUUCGCGCCCUGCUGCGGAAAAUGCGGCGAGUUCAUAAUCGGGCGCGUGAUAAAGGCGAUGAACGCGAACUGGCACCCGGCCUGCUUCCGCUGCGAGGAGUGUAACGUGGAGCUGGCGGACGCAGGCUUCAUCAAGCAUGGCGGCCGCGCACUCUGCCACGCCUGCAACGCGCGCAUCAAGGCUGACGGCUUGCAGAACUACAUGUGCCAUAAGUGCCAUGGUGUGAUCGACGGCGAGCCGCUGCGGUUCCGCGGCGAGGUGUACCACGGGUACCACUUCACGUGCGCCACGUGCGGCGUGGAGCUCGACCACACCGCGCGCGAAGUCAAGCACCGUCCCGGAUACGCCGCCAACGACGUCAAUAAUCUGUUCUGUCUGCGUUGUCAUGACAAGAUGGGUAUACCGAUAUGCGGCGCCUGUCGACGUCCCAUUGAAGAACGCAUCGUGACGGCUCUCGGGAAGCAUUGGCAUGUAGAGCACUUCGUGUGUGCCAAGUGUGAGAAGCCGUUCCACGGGCACCGUCACUACGAGAAGAAGGGUUUGGCGUACUGCGAGCAACAUUACCAUCAGCUGUUCGGCAACCUCUGUUAUGUCUGCAACCAAGUGAUCGCCGGAGACGUGUUCACGGCGCUGAACAAGGCGUGGUGCGUGCACCACUUCGCGUGCGCGGUGUGCGACGCGGCGCUGAGCACGCGCAGCAAGUUCUACGAGUACGACGAGCGGCCCGCCUGCCGCCGCUGCUACGAGCGCUUCCCCGCCGAGCUGCGGCGCCGCCUGCGCCGGGCGCACCACUACACGCCGCGCCGCUGACCUGCGCCGCUGCGGGCCUGCUGCACUAACCAAGUAACCACAACCACACCCCGCGCCUACCGCUACGACCCGCUCGGGGCCGAUCCUCUCGAACGACGCCCUAAGCCGUUCGCGGCUUAGGCACCCUCAUCUCGUCUAAAUAUUGUACCGAGUGAGAGCCCUUGGCGCUCCCACAUUGUCCGCCCAAGUAGUUAAUACCGUCUGAAGCACGUAAAAGACACCGGGCACUCUAUACAAAAAUCUCGUUCUUAAAUAGACUACAUGCAGCUGUGUUUAAAACUUAUACAAUACGUUGCAAGGUAAUUUUGUUCGACGUGCGUCCGAGCACAUUCAAAUUCCUUCCAUCUUAAAUGCGAGUUUCUGGGAAUGUUCGCAUUGUCUAACCUCAGUCUUAAAGUUCAAUGAACACUUUGUGUAACUGCGUGUUAAUCUAUUAUGUGUUAUCGCAAUAUUAACUUACUUAUAAAUCAAUUAACGGAUCUAACAAAUUGACUUCGUAUGAAAUUAGCGCGUAAUAUCAAUUAAUGGUUAUUUCAAAAAGUGCGUUGUCUUCAAUUCCAAUGUAUUGUAAUGAUUGACGAUACGCAAUAGACGCUACAUAAGUGCAAGAGUAAGAGAGAAAAUAAUUCUAUCUCCCUUGCUCUUGUGCCUAGUCUAUAUCUCUCUCUCUCUGAUAAAGUAAUUAUCACAUUGUGGACAACUGUAAUCAUAUAAAUAAUGAAUAAUUAAUAUUAUUUAUUACAGCAAUUAUUCAGCCAUAUAUGUAUUUUUUUAAAUAUAGUUCUAAAUAUAUUUUUAGCAUUUAUUGAUUUAAAAUAAAUAAUAUUUUAUUAAAGUUGACUGGAUCUGAGGGUAGGUGUAAGAAUUUCGGAUUUAGUUUUGCAUAAAACAUGUUGUCUCAGUCUUGCGGCCAUGUCGAUCGCAAUGAGACAAUGGUGGCGAUUUUGACGGACAGAACCGAAAUAGAUUUUACUUUGACAGUAAAAAAAUUGCUAUCGUUCACUUACACUGACUUACUGAGUGCUAGAAACAAAUAGAACUCUCAACCUCAAAUAAAAUUAUGUUUGUGUCUGCCAACAGCAGUGAUAAGAUAGACUUUAAUUAUUUUUAUGAACUUUAUGGUAUGUAUUUAAAUUUUUAGGUGCAAUAAAAUAUUUAAAUUGUAACAAAUAGGUACAUUUAUAUAAUUACUUAUAUCAUCAUCAUCAAUUUAAGAGCCACGCUCUUGUCGGUGCAGCAUUUCCAUGCUACUUUUUUUAGGGAAAAAUAGGGCAGUGGUUUCCCUCUUGCCUUCCGCCCCGCAAUACUCUGUCUGACGCAAGUGGGAUGGCGCCUAUUACAAAGUAAUCUAUUACAAAGCCAUACUAGGACUUAGGAAUUACUUAUAUACUGAGGCUUAAAAUUUCAUAUAUACUGAGGCCUAAAAUUUCAUAUAUACUGAGGCCUAAAAUUUCAUAAAAUAAUGUUAUGUAUUAAGUAUUUAGAUAUUAUUUUAACACUGCGAGUAAAGUUUAUUUCUGAUGUAUAUCAAUAAAAUGAGGAUAAAAAUAGAAGCCCAAAUGUCUCCACACUGUCCAGCUAAAGUUCGUAUCCCGUCUGAAGGAUGAGUUACGAAAAAGGAAUGCAGCCAGUUGGGAAAAGGUGCUUGGGAGCUUUUCAAAAUUUUCAUCUUUCCGAUUUUUAAGGAAUAAAUAUAACACUACGAUUUUGCAGUUAUAGGCUAUAGUGUAAAAAUAUAACCAAAUCAAUACGUUUGUUUCCUCAAAUAGUAUGAGGAUGUGUCAAAAUUUAAGAACACUCAGUUCUUAUCCUCAUUGCGACAUCCAAUGUUUAACGCAAUAAAUACUACUACUUUUGUCCAUCAAGUAUCUACUUUUCUAUUGAUUUCAUUGCGAUUGACUAGAUGGUUAAAUGAGAAUUAUUAAGUAUUGUAAUACAUAACAAACCAUGUUUAUGACGUUAAUAUUAAUAGAUUGCCUUAACAUAUGUUUACAUUAUAGUAGAAUUAAGUGCCUUAUGUAUUUUUUUAUUACUUUACUAUUAAUGCCUUAAUAUACAAAUUACUGACAAAA